AUGGGCCAGGACCAAACCAAGCAACAGAUAGAGAAAGGACUGAGGUUGUACCAGUCCAAUCAGACUGACAAAGCACUGCAAGUGUGGACAAAAGUGUUGGAGAAAACCUCGGAUCCGGGAGGGAAAUUUCGGGUUUUGGGAUGCUUGAUCACGGCUCACUCGGAAAUGGGAAAAUAUAAAGAUAUGCUCAAGUACGCCUUGGAUCAAAUCGACACGGCCAGAGAAAUGGAGGACCCGGACUACCUGACUGAGGGUUACCUGAACUUGGCGCGCAGCAACGAGAAGCUGUGCGACUUCCACAAAACGGUCUCGUACUGUAAGACCUGCUUAAACAUGCAGGGCACCACGGUCAGCCUGCAGCUCAAUGGUCAGGUAUGUCUCAGCAUGGGCAAUGCCUUCCUGGGCCUCAGCCUCUUCCAGCAAGCUCUGGAGAGCUACGAGAAGGCCCUGCGCUACGCACACAACAACGACGACAAGAUGCUGGAGUGCAGAGUCUGCUGCAGUCUGGGAAACAUUUAUAUCCAUCUGAAGGACUACGAAAAAGCCCUGUUCUUCCCCUGCAAAGCAGCCGAGCUUGUCAAUGACUAUGGCAAAGGUUGGAGCCUCAAGUAUCGAGCUAUGAGUCAGUACCACAUGUCGGUGGCCUACAGGAAGCUGGAGCGCCUGCCGGACGCCAUGGAAUGCUGCGAGGUCACCGCAACAGUCUACCAGAAUGUUUUAGAGGACUUCAUAAUUCCUUCUGCUGAGGAUGUGUAUGGAGAUGCAGAUUUCAUCUUCCAGCAGGACCUGGCCCCUGCCCGUACUGCCAGAAGCACCAAAACCUUGUUUGAUGCCCAUGCCAUCACAGUGCUUGACUGGCCAGCCAACUCGCCGGAUCUAAACCCCAUUGAGAAUCUAUGGGGUAUUAUCAAGAGGAAAAUGAGGGGCACCAGACCCAAAAACAAAGAAGAACUGACAGCAAGCAUCAAGGAAAUCUGGGCUUCCAUAACUCCCAGACAAUCCCGCAGACUGAUUGCCUCAAUGCCACAGCGCAUCCAGGCAGUGAUGAAAGGGAUUCCCAACCAAGUAUUGAAGAUACUGUAUCUUUUUGACUGUAUCGUAUUUUGAUUGAUUUAAUGUGACCCUAAUUUCUUUCUUUUUUUUCCACAAAAACUGAGAAGUAAAUGGUGAUUUCGUCACAUUUUUUGAAUUCCUGAUUUCGUGGGUUUUACGAGCUGGAAACCCAAAUUAUGUAAAAAUAAACAAAUAAAUACUUGAAAUUGUUAACAUUGUGGGCCCUGAAUAUAUAACCUAUGAAAGUUGAACUUUUUUGAAUAGAAUUAUGGAAAUAAAUAAACUUUACCAUGAUAUUCACAUUUUUUGGAAAGGGUCUGUAUUUCAAACAAGUAGUUAUGUGUAGGCAUAAGAAAGAUGCUAAACGAAGUAGCGUCAUUUUUUCCUGGUCGUAGAAGUGGGAUGUGACUAACAGUUGAGCAGGGCGUGGUUUCAGCGCCAGCAGCAUCUGAGAGCAGAGACAUUGGCCUGUUUUUCCACUAUUUUGAAGCUUCAUUUUAUGUACUUGGCGAUUCUUUUUCACCACUCAAAUUCGCCGGGGUUGUUAACACGCUUCUAGGGACUUUAAGGACAGUAGUGAAGUAUUUGUACUUGUUACUUCCCACUACUGUUUAUAAUUUAUGGACAAUAUGUUACAAGUGAGAUCUCUGAUGUCAGCUUGAUGUCAAAGCUGUAGAUACAGUAGACGCUUGGUUGCUGACAGGUGUGAGGACCAGUUGUGUUCUUGCAGUAGACCUCGACCAAAAUAUGCCCACAGAGGCGCUGGUUUUAAGUGUUAAUGAAGAGAGGGCCUUUAGUCUCCGCUCUCUGUUCUAAUUAUGCGCUGUGGGAGGGGAGGGGGAAGGUGCUGGGAAUAACUCGAUGUCGUUGACUUGGCGUGCAAAAGUGUUGUCAUGAAAUAGCAGGAGGCUCCCCAGAUUCAUUAGAUUUGCCAAACGCAUUUAGCCAAACAAUUUACACAUCCUGUCAUAUUUAGAAUAGCCGCGCACGGGAGGGUGCUCGAAGGUGAGCUCAAAAAAGUCUCCCACUCCCGCUGAGAGUUAUUUGAAAAGAUACGUGUGGUAGCUGUUAAUAAUCAGGCGAGUAAACACUAAAACGGUUAAUAAUAUGGUAAGCUCAGCUACAAAGGAUUCCAAAAUAUGGGGGGUUUUGCACUUUUAACAAGCUUUUAUGGAAUUGCUGCAUGACUCGCAAUGAAGUUAAUGUUCGAUAAAAAGAGCUCUGUCAAAUGUAU